UGUUUAUUCUUAACCCUAAAGAAUCGCGAAGACAUGUUUACUACCUUGAGUUCGUCUGUUACUUUAAUAUUGAGGAUUUGUACGUUCGCAUCUCGCAAUGAGAUGGGUUCUCAUAGAUAUGAGAUAAUAUUUGCGUCAUUGUGAUCUCAACGUUUAUUACAUCAAACUCAUAAGAUUUUAUUUUUUUUAUAUUCUUUUCUGUAUUGUACGGAAUAUAAUUGUUUACAGAAAGAUAUAAAAGUAAACAGUGUUUUUGAUUUAAAACUGAUUGAAAUUGCGUGAUAUUCUUUUGAAAAACUCUCAAAAUGAGUGAAAGUGAGUCUAUGUACGGAACGACAAUAUCUCAGGAGUCUAUUAAGGUGAUAGCGGAAGGCAUUGGUGUCGGCAACUUUCCAGAUGAAGCUGCGAAGGAUCUUGCGGAGGAUGUGAGUUACAGACUGAAAGAAAUUAUUCAGGAUGCUGCGAAGUUUAUGAGGCAUGGAAAACGACAACGUAUGACUUGUAAUGAUAUAGAUCAUGCAUUGAAGAUCAAGAAUAUUGAGCCGACGUAUGGUUUCUUUGCCAAGGAUCACAUACCAUUUCGAUUUGCCUCAGGUGGUGGUAGAGAAUUGCAUUUUGUAGAAGAAAAGGAAAUAGAUCUUACUGAGGUUGUGUCUAUGGCUGGUGGUCAAUCAUGGCCCAAGUUGCCUUUAGAAAUUACAUUGCGUGCCCAUUGGCUCUGCAUUGAUGGAAUACAGCCCACCAUACCAGAAAAUCCACCACCAGUAUCAAAAGAUGUUCAAAAACUGGAGAGCGUCGAUCCAACGACCAAGCUUUCUAGCAAAAAUCAAAAUAUCGGUGUUGGCAAACCGGGUGGUGGUGGUAAAGGUCAGAAAUUGCGAAAUGUGGAAACAGUUCACGUAAAACAACUCGCCACGCACGAGCUCAGUGUUGAACAGCAAUUGUACUACAAAGAAAUAACAGAAGCGUGCGUCGGAUCCGACGAGGGUCGCAGAGCCGAAGCUCUGCAGUCGCUCUCAGCGGAUCCCGGUUUACAUGAGAUGCUGGCGCGUAUGUGCACUUUUAUCGCGGAAGGUGUGCGAGUCAACGUGGUUCAGAAUCAUCUCGCGCUGCUCAUCUAUCUCAUGCGAAUGGUCAAGGCUCUGCUCGAUAAUCCGAGUCUUUACUUGGAGAAAUAUCUUCACGAAUUGAUACCGUCGGUUGCGACCUGUAUAGUUUCUCGACAACUAUGCAUGAGACCGGAAGUGGACAAUCACUGGGCAUUACGGGACUUUGCUUCUAGAUUGAUGGCACAGAUAUGUAAAAAUUUCAACACUUCCACAAAUAAUGUGCAAACCAGAGUGACUCGUAUGUUUAGUCAAGCAUUAGCAAAAAAUAAUCAGACUCCAUUGGCGUCACUUUACGGAGCGAUUGAAGGACUUUGCGAAUUAGGUCCGGAAGUGAUCAAAGCUUUAGUCAUUCCCAAAAUCAAGUCAAUCUCCGAUCGCAUUGAAACGUGCAUCGAGGGCCAAGGACUGUCUAGUGUGGAUAAAAAUGCGGCGGGACAUAUCAAGACUCUUCUCGUGAAAUCAGUCGCUCCAGUUUUGAAAACUAUACGGUCACCGCCGGAUUACGUAGAAGAAUAUAAACAGGAUUACGGAUACAUAGGUCCCGCUUUGUGCACCGCGGUUGCAAAAGCGCGCACACAACCACUCGCUGCUCUGACGACCACAGCCGCGAAUACGGCACUGACCACAAAUCAGCAGCAAAAUUCGAACUGCACAGGAAAGACGCUUGUUCAAACGGUGACCAACGCGAAUACGGGACAGCAAACUAGCCGUGCAAUCAUGCUUGGUACAAGCAGAAGUACAACCGGAACUUCUGCAACUGGGCAGAAAUUUGUUAUUUUGCAAUCGCGUUCGCAGACGCCCACUACUACUAAUAUAAACACUACUAGUGCAAUUCAGCAGCAAACACAAUCACAGACACAACAGCAACAACAGCCGCCGCAACAGCAGCAACAACAACAGCAACAUCAGCAGCAACAACAACAACAGCAACAACAGCAGCAGCAAGUUAAAUUAGCGAAUGUUGUUCAACAAAAAACACAUUUACAGACUACGCCAAAAUUGGUCGUGGUGUGCGUGCCUGUUACCAGUCACACUAACACAACGGUAACUCAGCAAGCAAAUCUACCAGCAAAACCGCAAACUGUCUUCGUUGCGCAGCAAAACGUAGAAAGGUCGCUCAGUCCGGAAGAGGAACAUUCAUUUCAGUAGGAAUAAUGUAAAUUACAUAAAUACAAACUUCCAAACGCUUCCUUAUAAUCAAUAUUUUCUUUAGAUAAGAAC